CCCCCCCCCUCCAGCUGUGUGUGUCUAACUGGGAGCCAAUCCGUGGCACCAGUCUGACUGUUGGUGCCAUGUGGCACCAUCACGUCCUCCGACCACUGAGCGCCGUUUCUUAGCCGUGCCCGUGCGCCACUAGGGAGUCACUUUACGCACGAGCCUCUGCCUCUCUUGUUGCGCCAUGGAGAACUCCAGCCUGUCGGGCGGCGGCGCACAGACCGCCGGCUUCGUGGACUUUAUGUCGGGCUCUUUGAAGCAAGCUGUGGAUUACCCAAAGGACGCCGCGGUGGCCGGAUUGGUGGCCAUGUUCCGCGGAGGCAGCGCAUUCGGGACCGGAGCCGAGUUGAUGGCCGCGCCGCCGACGGAACCCUCUCACCUGGUGCCCGCCUUCUGGGAUUCCCCGCUCAGCCACGGGAUCAACGUGUUCGUGGGACUCGUGCUGUGCUUCACCAUGCUGGGGCUGGGCUGCACGGUGGAGAUUAGCCAGCUCGGGGAGCACAUCCGCAGACCCGUCGGGGUGCUGCUGGCGCUGGUGUGCCAGUUCGUCAUCAUGCCCUUGGUGGCCUUUCUGCUGGCUUUGGCCUUCUCCCUGGACGACGUGGCGGCGAUGGCGGUCCUCCUGUGUGGCUGCUGCCCGGGAGGAAACCUAUCAAAUAUCAUGUGUCUGCUGGUGAACGGGGAGAUGAAUCUAAGCAUCGUCAUGACCAUCUCUUCCACUCUGCUGGCGCUCGUGCUGAUGCCGCUGUGCCUGUGGAUCUACAGCCGGGCCUGGAUCAACACGCCGGUGGUGAACCUCAUGCCGUUCGGGGCCAUCAUCCUGACCCUGUGCAGCACCCUCAUCCCCAUCGGGUUAGGGGUGAUGUUGAGGUACCGCUGCACGCGCGUGGCCGACAUUGUUUUAAAGGUGUCCUUGUGGUCCCUGCUGGUCACCCUGGUGCUGCUGUUCAUCCUGACCGGAGCGAUGCUGGGCCCGGAGCUGCUGUCCACCAUCCCGCCCUCCGUCUACGUGGUGGCCGUGCUGAUGCCGCUGUGCGGCUACGCCGCCGGCUACGGCCUCGCCGUGCUCUUCGACCUGCCGCCCAGCAGCCGCCGCUCGGUCUCCCUGGAGACGGGCUGCCAGAACGUGCAGCUGUGCACCGCCAUCCUGAAGCUGGCCUUCCCGCCCCAGCUGAUGGGGGGCAUGUACAUGUUCCCCCUGCUGUACGCCCUGUUCCAGGCGGCCGAGGCCGGCCUCUUCAUCCUGGCCUACAGGCUGUACGGGAAGCCGGACCACCUGGGGGGCGGCGAGGACUCGGGCAUCACGUACCAGAGGUUCCAGGACGACGAGGAACUGGACUCGUCCUACGGCGCCGUGACGGUGAGCGACCCCAACAGCAUCACGCUGGACCCCUGCCCCCCCGACCCCACUCCCGUCUGACGUCCCCCACAAAGAAUCACUCAAAACCUGGAGAUUUUAAAUGUGUUUAUUAAGUUAUUAAGCAUGACAAAAUGCAUUAAAAUGUCUAGAUGUGUUCCUUCAUUUGUUUUGUUAUUU